AUGGCUUCUCAAAUUGAGAAAAUUGAUGCUUUUUUUUUAGAAAUAGAAAAUCAGAUAAGACUUCAAGAUGAAAUUCAAAAUCGGGCAGAUAUCGAACAAAAAUUUAAAGAUGGAAAAAUGAUAAUUGAUAAAAUAGAAGAUGAUGAUCCAGAGCAGCAUGGAUGCUAUAGGUAUAAUUAUCAUAUAAAAUAUGCUAGUUAUUUAACAACUAUUGGCGAAGUGGAACGUUCUA